UGUUAGUUCUUGAAGCAGCAUCUGCCAGAAGUCUAAAAGACAAAUAACUCCAUCCAAUACUUUCAAUUAUAGAUCAUCAGCUCUUGUAAUAUUGUGAUGUAUCCAAAGUCUCACAUUUUACGGUUUUGUCACAACUAGGCUUUUAACUUUGGGGACUAAUACAAACUUUGCUCUUUGUGAUCUUCACUAACUGUCAAACGAAGACUAUGCAUUCAUCUAUUUUUAUGCAUAAGUAUGGACUCCUGGUCUCCCAUAACAACUUAUAUCGAGCUCAACUCGAAAGAACAACAUAAAAAUGACUAGGAUUUUUUGCGCGUUUUGGUUCUUUGUAAUCGCUACCACACUCUCCUUACAACUUUCGGAUGGGAAAGUGAUGAUGGAAUACAUUGGGGCAACUGGAAAACCUGUGACUUUCGACGAGGUUCCAAUUGAAGACGGAAUUGAUUUCAAUUUCAUCUUAAGUUUUGCAAUCGAUGCCGACGAAUCUGGCAACCCCCAAAAUGGCAAUUUCAAGCCGUAUUGGGAACAAUCGUUAACCCCCGAUUCUGUUGCUGAUGUGAAAGCAAAACAUCCUAAUGUUAAAGUUCUAGCAAGCCUCUCCGGUUGGAGUAUUGGUUCAACAACACUCAGUUGGUACAAACCUGCAAACAGUAAAACAUGGAUCUCAAAUGCGUUCAAAUCACUUAACUCAAUAAUCCAAACAUAUCACCUAGACGGAAUUGAUAUCGACUACGAAAACUUCCCAAAACACAACGAAAGUUUCAGCUAUUGUAUUGGCGAACUUAUAAGUUAUUUAAAAAACCAAAGUGUGAUAUCAAUUGCAACAAUUGCACCUUAUCAUCUAACAACAAUACCUUACAUACAACUAUAUGACGCAUAUGGCCACGUUAUAGAUUACGUUAAUCACCAGUUUUAUACUGAUAAAGUAAGGAGCCCGAAAGCGUACCUAGAGAAUUUUCAGCUACGGGCUACCGAGUUUGAUAGAGAAAAAUUGUUGCCGAGCUAUGAGGUUGAUGGAAGAGGGAUUCAAGGGGAUGCAUUUUUCGAUGCGUUGCGGAUUUUAGAAGAGAAUGGGUUCAAUGUUAAUGGGAUUAUGAUCUUUUCGGCUGAUGCAUCUGCUUCUACUCAUUCUACUAGCAAGUUUUAUUAUGAGCAAAAAUCGCAGGAGUUUUUGCUUAAUUCAACAAGAGUUUGAGAUUACUUUGUUUAUUUUCUUUCUUUUAUAUUCGAGUUAGUUUAAUUUAACUAAUUAUGGUUUCUUUAAAAUUACUAUAUAGCUAGGUCAUAAAGAAGUUAUAUCAUAAAAUAAAUAAACGUAAUCGACUGUUGUGAUUAUUUUCUGU